UUACUACUGCAAUCAAUCGGCGUCUCGUGAUGAGGCAACAUUAGUUUCAGGAGUGAUAUCGCUCGUAUGAUUAAAUAACAAUUCGACCAAACAUCGAAAUUGAUAUUUUACUACAGUGAAAAUCUAAAGUUGGUAUAUCACGCUCACCGUGCGCCGACUCUUGUGCCGGCGCAGCAGGCUGUCUUGAAUCUGACAUUUAAUUAAUAUUUCUAUAACACUAAUGCUACAGGCUGUAUGAUAUUGCUUGUGAGUACCUCCGCCCUUGUCUGUAAGUGUUAUUUAUGCCACUUCAUCAAUUCUGGGAUGUAUCACACACAUUAAUAACUAAUUGCACCAAUUUACUAUCGACACAACCAAUUACUUUUGUGAAGCUCAUCUCAUUGUAUUUUUGCUUUAUAUUGUUUUUAUCUAAUUUAAAUUAAAACAACUAAUUUAUAAUUAAGUCCAAAAGUUGUAACCUGUUUUAUGGUAGCCUAAGAUACAUGGUCUUUGGGGGUUACUGGCAAUUCAAAUUAAUACAACACGUAUACACAGUAUGUAUUGUAUGAUGUAUUAUAUUUUAUCAUUUAACGAAGCCUUAUUUUGUCAUAACGUUACAACAUGUGCACUGUGCCAUAGAGUUAGCUAGUUAAAACAACAGUCUGUUUUGUAUUUGAGUCAUUUAAAAUUGAACGAUAUGAUGCAAGACCGCGCAGGCAAUUAGACCAUGUUUUAUAGACUUCGGUUUCGAGUGGAAUGGACAAUAGCUUAUAAACAGCGGGACUUAAAUGGAUGGACAAUUACAAUAAGACGCAAUGAAAACAAGAUUCAAGUAGACAGUGAUAUUAUUGAGAAGGAGCUCUGAAUUGCACCUGAAUGUAUUUGUUGUCUAGAGGCGCAUUUGUACAUAACAUGAAACGUAAUAUUUAUAGACGCAUCGUCGUCGAACGAGGCGGUGCACCUGCAGCGGCGGCUGCUAAGCCUCAGUUCGGAGCUGGUGACGCUCCGAAACCACUUGCACGUGGGUGCGGGUGGAGCUGGCGGCGCGGGCGGCGCGGGCUCGCAGCCCGCCGUGCCGCCGCGCGCACACCACCUGCCGCCGCCACCCGCCGCCCUGCCCCACCACCCGGCACCACCACCACCAGAAGCUCGAUGGCGGAGUGCGCCAGCUCCGGCGCCGACGCCGACGGCGUCUUGCGCCGGUGCAGCGGGCGCCGGCGGUGCGGGCGGUGCGGGCGGCGCGGGCGGCGCGGCGGGCACGGGCGGUGCGGUGGGAGGCGCCGACGUGGACGACCUCAUCCACCUGCGCGGCCCGCUUACCGAGGACGCGGUGGUACGCACACUGCAAACCAGGUUCUACCACAACAAGUUCUAUACGAUGGUGGGCCCGAUCCUGAUCGCAGUGAACGCGUACACGGACGCGUGCAACGCGCGUCACGCUUGACGGCGGCGCGCGCGCACCGGCCCGAGCUGGCGCGGCUCGUGCACGACGCCGUGCGACACCAGGCCGACACCGGCUACCCGCAGGUACAAGGCUUCUAG